AUGAAUCCAACCCAGGGCCAGAGAAUCAAGACUCUCUGGACAUUUGCGAGAGAGGCGGGGGGGGGGCGGAGCAGCGGGGAGCCGCUGAGGGGACGGGGGGGGCCCUCAGCGCCUUCUCUCCUCCCGGGGGAGGUUUCCCGAGUGGGCUCUUACAGCUGGGCUUUCCCUGAGCCUGUGAACCGCGUGCUGCGGUGGCUCAACAGGAGCAGCGUGGGAGAGCAGGCAAACAUCUGGGCCGCUGGCUUUCGGCGGGCGGCAGCUAACGUUAAGAAACUUGGGUUUCACGUGGUGACAAAGGUGCCCGUGCUGUGGCCUCUGCAGUGGAAGCACGCGAGAGGGAUAGGCGUAGCAGCGAGGGAUGCGAGCAAGAACUUGUGUGGUACUUUUCUAUAUCUGAAAUUCCUGGUAGUGUGGGCCCUAGUACUGUUGGCAGAUUUUGUCCUCGAGUUCAGAUUUGAGUAUCUGUGGCCAUUCUGGCUCUUCAUCAGGAGUGUUUACGAUUCCUUCAGAUACCAGGGUUUGGCCUUUUCAGUAUUUUUUGUUUGUGUAGCAUUCACAUCAAAUAUAAUAUGUCUGCUCUUCAUACCAAUACAAUGGCUGUUUUUUGCUGCCAGCACGUAUGUUUGGGUACAGUAUGUCUGGCACACAGAGAGGGGUGUGUGCUUACCGACAGUAUCACUGUGGAUACUCUUUGUUUAUAUUGAAGCAGCCAUUAGAUUUAAAGAUUUAAAAAACUUCCAUGUAGACCUUUGUCGUCCAUUUGCAGCACACUGUAUUGGCUACCCUGUUGUGACUUUGGGCUUUGGCUUUAAAAGUUACGUCAGCUACAAAAUGCGUUUAAGAAAACAAAAAGAAGUACAGAAAGAGAAUGAGUUCUACAUGCAGCUUCUCCAGCAAGCUCUUCCCCCAGAACAGCAGAUGCUACAAAGGCAAGAGAGGGAGGCAGAGGAAGCAGCCAAAGGAUUAUCUGAUAUGGAUUCCUCAAUACUUUUGCAGCACAAUGGAGGCAUUCCAGCCAAUAAAAAAUUAUCUACAACGUUGCCAGAGCUAGAAUAUAGAGAAAAAGGGAAAGAAAAGGACAAGGAUGCUAAGAAACACAACCUUGGAAUAAAUAACAAUAUUUUGCAACCUGUAGACUCUAAAAUACAAGAAAUUGAAUAUAUGGAAAACCAUAUCAAUAGUAAAAGAUUAAAUAAUGAUCUUGUAGGAAGUACAGAAAACCUCUUAAAAGAGGACUCAUGCACUGCCUCGUCCAAAAAUUACAAAAAUGUCAGCGGAGUUGUGAACUCCUCACCUCGCAGUCACAGUGCAACUAAUGGGAGCAUCCCUUCCUCAUCUACUAAAAAUGAGAAAAAACAGAAAUGUGCUAGCAAGAGCCCAAGCACACAUAAGGACUUAAUGGAAAACUGUAUUCCUAAUAACCAGCUGAGCAAACCAGAUGCACUGGUAAGGUUGGAACAAGAUAUUAAAAAGUUAAAGGCUGACCUGCAAGCGAGCAGGCAGAUCGAGCAGGAGCUACGUAGUCAGAUCAGUUCUCUGACUAACACAGAGCGGGGAAUUCGAUCUGAAAUCGGACAGCUCCGGCAAGAAAACGAACUGCUUCAGAACAAAUUACACAAUGCUGUACAAAUGAAACAAAAAGAUAAACAAAUGAUCAGCCAGUUGGAGAAGAAACUAAAGGCAGAGCAGGAGGCACGAGCCUUUGUAGAAAAACAAUUAAUGGAAGAAAAGAAAAGAAAGAAGUUGGAAGAAGCAACUGCUGCACGUGCUGUCGCAUUUGCUGCUGCUACAAGAGGAGAAUGUACUGAAACUUUACGAAAUCGUAUCCGGGAGCUGGAGACAGAGUGCAAGAAGCUAACAAUUGACAUAAAGCUGAAAGAAGAUCAGAUACGAGAACUAGAAAUGAAAGUUCAGGAACUGCGGAAGUACAAGGAAAAUGAGAAGGAUACGGAGGUGUUAAUGUCAGCACUUUCAGCCAUGCAGGAUAAAACACAGCACUUAGAGAACAGCCUGAGUGCAGAGACAAGAAUCAAGCUGGAUCUGUUCUCUGCGUUAGGAGAUGCAAAACGGCAGCUUGAGAUUGCCCAAGGGCAAAUCAUUCAAAAAGAUCAGGAAAUCAAGGACCUAAAACAGAAGAUUGCAGAAGUUAUGGCAGUAAUGCCCAGCAUAACAUACACUGCAGCCACCAGCACUCUGAGUCCUGUUUCCCCACAUUACUCUUCCAAAUUUGUGGAGACCAGCCCUUCUGGACUUGAUCCCAAUGCCUCUGUUUAUCAGCCCUUGAAGAAAUGAAUGCCAAUUUUCUUUUUGCCCAGUAAUUUUGUCAUGCUGAAGGCAUCACACAGGAGUGUCUCUUGCAGUCAAGAUGAAAUUGUAUUGUGUGAGACUGUAUUUGUUGUCAUUUAAAACAGGAUAAAAGAACAUCUGGAUUGACUAGAACUGCCCAUCAGUUUUUCUUGUAAAUUUUUAGAAAACCUCACAGAACUUUGCAAUUUAUUUUCCUUGGCCAAUGCAUUAAAAACAAUUCUUGGUUUUCAAGUAGCCAAUUUUGCCUUUUUAUGUACUCUUGCAUGGUUUCCUCUUGAAAAACACAGGGCUUUGCUUGAUUUUGAACCCUUUCUUGUUUUGUUUUUUUUUUUAAUAAUCUAGUUGAAUUUGCAGAUUCAUUCGGAAAUAGUGAGGAAAAACCUUUAGUUUUUACAGCGAAAGGGUUAAAUAAUCUAACAAAGCUUUGAUUGAUAGAUGUAUUAAAUACAAAUAUGUGAUGUUGCCGAAGAUAAUUUGAUUACCCCUCAAAGGACCAAACAAAUUUCAGGGGCGUUGUUUAAGGGAAAGAAUAAGAGAAUAGAUGAUGAUGUGACGGUGGUUGUUGUGUGAAAUAUUUAUAUUCCCAUUGGUGUUUUUAGUCAUUGAGAAUUGCUAACAGUCUUGUUCACAGUGCCUUGGGAAAAGACAUUUCAAGAGGAAACUUGAUAGUUUAAACUAUUUUUUCCCCCUUCACUGUCAUCUAGCUUAUAUAUCAAGCUCAUUACAGAGUCUACUGCAAAUUGUACAUGGUAAUUUGGAUGUUCAUUAUAAACCAAGGUUACAUCUUCUGUUUAUUUUGAUAUAAACUCAGCAGUGUUCUGUAACUUGCCUUGAUUAUACUGCAUCGUGGAAGGCACAAUAUUACUACAGGAAGCGUUAUUGUGAAGGCGGAACUGUGCAAUGUACUGUAUACAAGAGACUGUAAAGCUGGCUAAUAAAAGCUGCAGUUCUGGGUUUUUUU